CCAGACCAAAUGCAGCAGUUGCUUGAAGGCCAUCGCCCCCUCCGAGCUCAUCAUGCGGGUGCUGGAGAACGUCUACCACGUUCACUGCUUCUACUGCUGCGAGUGCGAGCGGCGCCUGCAGCGGGGAGACGAGUUUGUUCUCAAGGAGGGGCAGCUGCUCUGCCGCAGCGACUACGAGAAGGAGAAGGAGAUGCUGAGCGCUAUCAGCCCGGCACCCACUGAGUCCGUGAAAAGCGAGGACGAAGACGGCAGCCACUCGCACGGCAAAGGCAGCGAGGAGAGCAAAGACCACAAACGCUCCAAGCGCCCGCGCACCAUCCUUACCACGCAGCAGCGCCGGGCAUUCAAGGCCUCGUUUGAGGUUUCCUCGAAACCUUGCAGAAAGGUAAGAGAGACCCUGGCAGCCGAGACGGGCUUGACCGUGCGGGUGGUACAGGUCUGGUUCCAGAACCAAAGAGCCAAGAUGAAGAAGAUCGCUCGCAGGCAACAACAGCAGCAGCAGCAGCAGCAGGAGCAGGACCAGCUGGGCAACCCUCGCUUAGGGACCGGGCGAGGGACCGGUCGCAACAGCAGGCAGAGCAACGACGAUAGCGAAGACGGCGCAAGCGUUCACGGCCUGGAUGGGCUCAUGGUUCCCUACCCCAGGAUCCCCCAGCAGCAGCUUCUGCCCCUGGAUCAGAACGGCUACAGCACAGAUUUGUACAGACAAGGGCUGACGCCGCCCCAGCUGCCAGGAGAUCAUCUGCACCCCUACGACUCGGAAGGAGUUUUUCACGACAUGGACAGUGACAGCAUCAGCCACCUGGGAGACUGCCUGCUGUCAACGGCUGAAGCCAACCUCCUCCAAGCCCGCGUGGGCAACCCCAUCGACCGACUCUACUCCAUGCAGAGCUCCUACUUCACAUCCUGA